AUGGGGCCCCCGGGCAAUAGGGGAUCAUGGGGCCCCUGUGUCCUUGCCCAAACUCAAAAAAGCCUAUGAAAAAGUUUGACAUUUGAACAAGAGGAGGGGCAGAGAAAAUAGGAUCAAACCACUUUUUGUUUUACACAAUGCAGAGGAUUAACCCCUUAGGUUCCACAGCAGGGGCGGACUGACAACUCAUGGGGCCCCUGGGCAAUAGGGGAUCAUGGAGCCCCUGUGUCCUCACCCACACUCAAACCACACCCAAAAGGCUAUGAAAGGUACCAGGGGCAUGUCAUGGGGCCCCCUACUGAGCCCGGGCCCUCGGGCAGUGCCCGAGUUCUCAAAUGGUCAGUCCGCCCCUGUUCCA